UCACAAACAGCUAUAAAACGCCUUGCGUGCCCGUAACCAGAACCUCUCGAGCACCGCUUGAAACGCGCAACUCUCUGCUCGAUAUUUCGCGUACCUAGUGACUCGUGGUACGCAUCUUGAGGAACAACGAUCACUUUGAUUCGAUUUUAGCGAACACUGAAGAAACAGAGAUCAAUUAUCAAUAUGUACUGGGGAGACCUCGCAGAUAAGUUGGCGGAGCAUUCCAUUGUGAUUAUUUUCCUUGCUCUCGUGGUUGUUUUGCUGUUUUUAAGACACACCAGACCGUCAGUCAAGAGAAAACCACCCGGUCCUUGGAGUCUACCGGUGAUUGGCAAUAUAUUUCUCUUCGGAUCAGCUCCUCACAAGAACGUCACAAGGCUCGCUAAACAGUACGGAAGAGUCUUCGCUAUGAAACUUGGUAGCAGAGAGGUCGUGAUUCUCAAUGACAUCAAGACAGUUAAGGAGGCUCUUCUCAAGAAUGGCACCGACUUCUCAUCUCGCCCUCCAUUGCACAGUUUUAUAUCGUCCAGCCGAGGUGAUAGAACAGUUGCAUGGCCCGUGUUUGGUCCAAAGUACGCCAACAACAAGCGAGCGACGGAAUUGGCCAUGCGAGCUAUCCUUGUAAAUGACAAGUACCUCUCCAAAAUAGUCCUUAGAGAGACGCACGUGUUAAUCGAGAGUCUCCUAAACUCGGACGAGGGCCGGUUCGAUCCUUCUUACCUGUUAAAAUUCUUUGCCUGUAGUUUGCAGUUUUGUUUGUUUUUCGGGGACAAGUUACGCGACGCUUACGUCAAGAAGGCUCAAUUCAUGAUGGACGGUUCAACAGAUUUUAUAGAAAAUAGUGCCGUGGGUAACAGCGUAGAUUUCAUGCCGUGGAUGAAAGUGGUGUUCAAGAAACAAGUGGAAAAACUUGACGCAUCCAUCGCAGAACUUACCACAUUUGUCAAGAAAAUUUUUUUCCUCCUGAAGAGUGAUUCCAGCCUGAACAACUUAGACGAGUCACUUUCCAGGAUGCCCACUACCUUCGUCGAGGCAUUGACAAAAGUAGUGAACGACAGAGAUGCAUUAGAUUUUGGAAACGAACGUUUCAGUAAAGACUCCUUGGAGGGAAUUUCAAGACACUUUGACGAUGAAACUUUGAUUAAUAUAACAGCUGACUGUUUCGGCGGGGGAUACGAAAAAUUAUCCACCGCCCUCCGUUGGGCUGUGGCUUACCUCGUGUCCCAUCCCGACGUGCAAACGGAAUUGCAGGAUGAGCUUAGACGCGUGAAAGGUUCUACGCCCUUGACGCUCCACGACAGAAACAGCUUUCCACUUUUAGAGGCAACAGUUCUUGAGAUCUUGCGGAUGAGCAGCUUUCUUCCAUUCGCUUUGCCCCACUGCACAACCCAGGAUACCAGUGUGGCUGGAUACCCAUUACCAAAGGGAACCAUUGUCUUUAUUAACCUGUGGGCCUGUUCCCGUGAUCCACAGUACUUUGAAGACCCCAACACGUUCAAUCCAUACCGUUUCUUGGAUGAAACUAAACAGAACAUUGUACGAUCACCGUGUUUCUUGGCGUUUUCAGCAGGGGACAGAAAAUGCCCCGGAGAAAGCUAUGCUAAGUCAGUUAUAUUCCUGGUGUUGGGCACCAUAUUGCAAAACCUUAAACUUCGCAAUGGAACCGAAGAUCCCAUCGAAGACAAGUUCGGGCUGACCAUUCGUCCAAAGGCGUACAAGAUUCGCGUUGAAGCGAUUCAGUGAAUAUGGAGUAAGGAACUUUCAAGGAAUGAAAGGUAUACAGCUUGACAUAAAGGCUAAAUGACUGUCAGAGUGUGAACUGAUGAUUUGACAUCGAUUCAUUGAUAGUGAUACAAAGGACCAAGUAAGUCUUGAUUCUUCAGGUUAAGAUAGUGAAAGACGUUUUCUCCUUAAUUAGGCAUGACCAAACAAACCGCUGCUGAUCUUAAGCUCUGUGAAGUGCACUGCAAGAUUGUUAGUUCAGACUUUUUUAACCAUUUUCCUACUUUCAUGUUUUUCUUAUAUGUAGAUAUAGAACUUAAAACGGACUGCACCUUUGAGUGUAGUGACAUAAAAAAAAAAACAACACGCGUCUGUUUGCGUUGGUGAACACUUAAUUUUUAGCGCAUCAUUGAUGUCACGUAAUGGCAAACUUUGGCCGCUCGGGCGUAUUUUUAAAUCAGUUUCGCUUCUAAAUUUUAAAAUACGACAUCGGCUUUUAUAUUCAUUAUCACAGGGGCAUAAGCUCUUCAAUUAGUUUCAUAGUUUCUAUGAGCUAAUGGAGAGAGCGUGCUUUACUGAAGUUGGACGACGAAGCUUUAUCACUAAGCGGAGAUAACCUUGUGGAAAUAUCAGAUUGACAACGGUUAACUAAUCCCACAGACCCAGAAGCACUAUAUUUGUAAUACCUAUGACGUCUAUGUAUAAUUUUUACUGGAAAAUAUGGCAACAUCUGUGCUAGUCUUGUUCCAGCCUUGUGCUAGAAAUUAUGCGAACGAGAGGUGCUUCUAUGAGACAACAAAAUGAUGAAAUAUUAGGCAGUUCGGCCUUAUCAAAUCUAAAUGUCAACUUAAAGAUAUUUAAUUAUUGAAAAAUAACGAAAAAUAUACUUUUUUAUAUUUUA